CAAAUCCUGCGGGUCUGAGCUGAUAGCGCCCGAGGAAGAGCCCCGUGAUGUGGUUUCUGGUGUGGGGGAGGAUAGCGAGCUACCAGCCAGAUAAACACUCCGCGUUGGUUUGCACAGCGGGAGUAACAUGGCGGCACAGUUAGCCAGCAGAAAUGUUGUUUCACUACCGCGAAGGUCAGAGCGGCGUCUGAAAAACGGGAUUUAACGGGCGAGGAGGCGGCUGAAAAAGUAUUAAAAUCCAGGGAGGCGUGGAUGAUGCUUAAAGGUUUCCCGGCAGCGAUGGCCUGAGGGACUCUCUGGACUGAAACCAAGACGCUGAUAUGCAUUGAGGAUGAGUGGAGUCGGUGAAAACCCAUCUGACCCUGCCAGGGCAGAGUCACGGAAACGCAAAGAAUGUUCUGCCGAACUUCUGGGACCCAGUCCAAAGCGGAGCAACGAGAAGCGCAACCGCGAGCACGAGAACAAAUACAUCGAGGAGCUCGCCGAGCUGAUCUUUGCCAACUUCAACGACAUCGACAACUUCAACGUCAAGCCCGACAAAUGUGCAAUCCUGAAGGAAACUGUGAAGCAGAUCAGACAAAUAAAGGAGCAAGCAGAAAAGGCGGCAGCGGCGAACGAGGAGGAGGUGCAGAAGGCUGACGUCUCGUCGACAGGCCAGAGUGUGAUUGACAAAGAUGCCUUGGGACCAAUGAUGCUGGAGGCCCUGGACGGCUUCUUCUUCGUGGUGAACAUGGAGGGCAACAUCGUCUUUGUGUCUGAAAAUGUGACCCAGUACCUGCGCUACAACCAGGAGGAGCUAAUGAACACCAGUGUCUACAGCGUGCUGCACGUCGGGGAUCACGCCGAGUUCAUCAAGAACCUGCUGCCCAAAUCCCUCGUGAACGGCGUCCCGUGGUCCAGCGAGGGUCCGAGGAGGAACAGUCACACGUUCAACUGCCGGAUGCUGGUCAACCCCCACGGCGACAACCAGGACGAGCUGCACGAGCCUCAGCAGCAGAAAUAUGAGACCAUGCAGUGCUUCGCCGUUUCCGAGCCCAAGUCCAUCAAGGAGGAGGGAGACGACUUUCAGUCGUGCCUGAUCUGCGUGGCUCGCAGGGUGCCGAUGAAGGAGAGACCCAUGCAUCCCACACACGAGAGCUUCACCACGCGCCAAGACCUGCAAGGUAAGAUAACGUCCCUGGAUACCAGUCUGCUUCGGGCAUCCAUGAAGCCGGGCUGGGAGGAUCUGGUGAGGCGCUGCAUCCAGAGGUUCCACCUACAGAACGACGGGGAGAUGUCUUUCGCCAAGAGACAUCAGCAGGAAGUGCUCCGCCACGGCCAGGCAUUCAGCCCCAUCUACCGGUUCUCCCUCUCGGACGGAACCAUCGUGUCAGCCCACACCAAGAGCAAGCUUGUGCGCUCGCCCGCCACCAACGAACCCCAGCUCUACAUGUCCCUGCACAUUCUCCAGAGAGAGCAGAUGGUCUGUGGAAUGGGCCAGGACAUGGGUCCCGGCAGUCAGGCCACAGGGAUGGCCCCCAAACCGAUGAAUUCCUCCACUCCCUCCAUGACUCCUCCGACCCCGGGCAGUUUGCCCGGUUCAGGGCCCCAGGGCCAAGACACUUCCAUCAGUGGCAACAGCACGCCCUUUUCCCCUCAAGGCCCUGCUGGUCCCAGAGAACCGGCAGCCAUGGGGGGUCAUAUGCAGGGCUACCGUUUUGGCUGUCCCCCACCGCACAUCCACACCGGGGGCAUGCAACCUCCACAGCAGGGCCCCAACUGGAGGAUGAACAGCCCCUCUCGGGCGAGCCCCAGCCCGGCCGGUGGGCCGCAUCCGCCCCAACAGAACUCCAUGCUGUCUCCCAGGCACCGAGGCAGUCCAGGGGGAGCGGGCAGCCCUCGUGUGGCGGGAGGCCUGCACUCACCCUCCCCGGUGGGGAUGUGCGGUGGAGGCGGCGGAGGUGCAUGUGGUAGCGGCGCGGCUAGCACCCACGCUAACAGCUACACAAGCAGUUCUUUGUCAGCCCUGCAAGCCCUGAGUGAGUGUCACGGCGUGGGACACGGGCACGGGGCCCCUCACGCACACGCACUGGGGUCUCCUGACCGAAAGAUUGGCUCCCCAGUCGGGGUCACGCAAGGUUCGGGGGUCAACCCUCAUCUGAUGUCAAAACUCGGAGGAGGUGGCGGUACCGGCGGCGUCACAGGAGACUCAUUCAGACCCCACGCCGAGGUCGGUCCGGGCCAGACGGAGAGUAACCUAGCUGAGCCCAAGGAGGAGCGGGAAGGGCCCCCCGAGGGCCAUGACUCUCACAGUCGUCUUCACGACAACAAGGGCCACACCAAGCUGCUGCAACUGCUCACCACUAAGCCGGAGCCUCUGGAGAUGCCCCUGUCCCCCGGGGCUGGUGGUGAGGGCAAGGACCAGGCGGGGGCCGGGGUCCGGUGCGGGCUGGCCGGAGUAAACACUCACGCCACCUCCCUCAAGGACAAACACAAGAUCCUCCACCAACUGCUCCAGAACAGUACGUCCCCAGUAGACCUGGCCAAACUCACUGCGGAGGCCACGGGUAAAGAGCUGGGCCAAGACCCGACCCAAGGCGCCGGGGGGGCGGCUUCCGGGGCCGAGCUUUCUCUCAAGCAGGAGCCCUUGAGCCCGAAAAAGAAGGACAACGCCCUGCUCCGCUACCUACUGGACAAGGACGACACUGGAGUGAAGGACAAGGUACCUAAGCUAGAGCCUGGGGAGGUGAAGGUUGAAGGGGGCAAACACCCUCUCGUCAAGACGGAGAAACAGGACACGGGAUACGACCGGGCCGAACAGUCGUCGGAGCUGGACGACAUCCUGAACGAUCUGCAGAAUGCUCAGCCGCAGCUCUUCUGUGAGCCGCGGCCCGUUUCGUUGCCCAGUCCCAUGGACAAGCAGAACAUCAUCAACGACAUCCUGCAGAUGUCCGAGACCAAUCCUGCCAUGGUGGCGCAGCAGCAGCACAGGGGCAUCGGGACUGGCAUGGGCCCAACGAACUUUGCGGGGGUCCGACCGGGCCAGCCGGGCAGAGGUCUGCCAGUGAGGAGCGUGUCCCUGGACAUGAACGUGUCCCCCCAGCCGCCCUCAUUACAGUACCCCAUCAGGGCCACGAGCCCAUACACUCUCAUGCAGCAGCAACAGCAGCACGGCAUGGUGGGAGGUCACGGCAUGAUGGCUCACCAGGCCGGUAUGGUCGGCGCAGGAAUGAUUGCUCAGGGAGGUCCACGGCCGGGGAUGCAGCAGCAGCAGCAGCAGCAGCAGCAGGAGGGCUGGGUGGGUUCGGCAUCUGCGCCUCCUCUGGCACCGUCCGGCCCCGGACAGCAAGGUCCCAUGCAAGGCAGGAUUGGGCCCAACGGGGCUCCCAUGAGGCCCAACGGCCAGCUGGGGCCCCGGCCGAUGCUGCAGUCCUCCAUGAUGGCCGGAGCCCAACCUGAUAUGGACAUCAGUAUGGUCAGCCACCAUUUCACCCAGCAACAGGCUCCACCCAACCAGACGGCGCCCUGGCCAGACAGCAUGAUGCCCAUCGACCAGACGGCUUUCGUGAACCAGACCAGGCCGGUGCACCCGGCGCAGCAGGACGAGUUGCUGUGCAGCACGGGCCACGGCUCUGGGGACGGCGGCGCCGUGGACGAGGGGGCCCUGCUGUCCCAGCUGUACACCGCACUGAAGGAUUUUGACGGCCUGGAGGAGAUUGAUCGUGCCCUGGGGAUUCCUGGUCUGGUUGAACAGAAUCAAUCAAUGGAGCCGGACCAGUUCCCUCAGGACCCCUCCAUGAUAAUAGACCAAAAGCCCCCCAUGUACACCCAGCAAUUUGUCGCCCCCCCCUCCCACAUGGCCCAGAGGGGCUACCCCGGUGCCCCCAUGCAAGAGCCGGGCUUCCACCCCAUGUCUGGCCAGAUGGGCCCGCGGCCGGGUUACCCCAUGAUGAGGAUGCAGGCCCGGCCCGGUCUCCGGCCCUCUGGGGUCGUCCCCAACCAGCCCAACGCACUACGACUGCAGCUCCAGCACCGCCUACAGUCCCAGCAGAACCGUCAGCCAAUGAUGAGUCAGAUGAGUGGUGUGUCAAAUGUGAACCUACCUCUUAGAGCCAGCGCUCCAAACCAGGGGACCAUCAAUGCCCAGAUGUUGGCGCAGCGUCAGCGGGAGCUGCUGAGUAAUCACCUGAGGCAGAGGCAGCAGCAGCAGCAGGUCCAACAGCAGAGGAGCAUGGCCAUGAGGGCGCAGGGUCUCAGCCUGCCUCCCAACAUGGCCGCUGGAGGCAUGAGUAACCCCCGGAUCCCCCAGGCCAACCCUCAGCAGUUCCCCUACCCGCCCAGCUACGGUACCAGUACAGGCCUGGCCUCGCCACCUCCCCCUACCAGCCCCUUCUCCUCCCCUCUCUCCCCCAGCCUGCCCUCUCUCCCCCCGAACCCUCAGCUCCACAUGCAUGGCAUCUCCUCCUCCACCUCCUCCUCCUCACAGAUGAUGAUGGGAAACGCAAGCAUGAUGGGCGGACAGUACGGGGCCGUACUCAGCCCCCAAAUGCAGCACAGUGCCUUUCAGUUUCCCAACUCAGGUAUGAGCCAACAGGCGGACGGAGGCUUCGGGGGUCCGGGCACACCACAGAGCCCCCUGCUUUCUCCCCGCAUGGCCCACGCGCAGUCCCCCAUGAUGCAGCAGAGCCAAGGAAACGCUGCUUUCCAGGGCUCCUCCGACAUGAACGGUUGGCCACAAGGCAACAUAGGAGGCAACAGCAUGUUCCCACAGCAGCAGGCGUCGCAGCAGUUCCCCCAGCAGAGCAACAGCAACAUGUACAACGGGAACGCCAUGAACCUCAACAACGUCAACAUGGCCGCCAGCAGCAUGGGCCAGAUGGCCGGACAGAUGAGUGUCACGUCCAUGGCCUCGGGGCCCUCGCCCAGCCUGCCCUCCAUGGGGCCGGAACAGAAAUACUGUUGACCCCCGUGGAGUCCUGAACCUCACUGAACAGCUGGAGCAAGGAGUGCGUUGGCCCUUUAAGAGAAAUUGUACAAACAUGUAACCCCGCCUCCGCCCCCCCUUGAAACUAACCAGCCAGGCGGUUCCACCCGAACCUCGUCGCCCCGCGUUUUGCCGUCUGUCCCGGAAGGAGGCCACACGCCCCCCCCCCCCACGCCUCAUUC